AUGAUAGGGGAGGCAUUUACUUCCAAAGAUCCAAAGAAGAUCGACGGGGCUCCUACUUGUUCUGCCAACUACCAAACUAUUAAUGAAAGUGGGUCAACCCAAUCUCUCACUAAAACAUCACUAGGCAGUGCACAGAAAGAUACUCCACCAAACCCACCAUCUUUGCCGAAUGAAGUUAUUGCAAACAAGACUCCAUCCGCGACUUCAACAACAGUUGAUGUUGAGAUAAAGGACCACCGUGGCAUCCAAGUAACAAUGUUCGGGACUCUUCCCUACAGGCAGCAUCCAAGCAAGCAUUUGAGUGUUCCACAAACUAAGCCCACACCUGAAAAGCCAUGGAGCCAAGUAUUAAAGCAGAAUGCUAUGGAAAAAUCCAGCUCUCUGCAACAACACCCUUCUGAGAGCAGCAAGAGGCUGGUCAGACUCAAGCAGAGGAAAUUGAUAGGAGGUUACCAAGCUUCUUCCUCAGUCACGAUCAAGAAUAAUAUGGGAAUGGUUAUCCAAGGUGGCGCCUCUAACUCUUCUCAACAAGAUAUUUUGGGUCAUGAUCACCAUAUCACUAAGAUAACAGUCAAUGAGAGUACCCCUCCUCAACUGCUCAUGCAAGUUGGUGUUAUUUUGGCAUCUAACAAAUUUGAGGAGCUCACAAAGAGGGGGCAAAUUGUGGUUGAUUUAAGAGUGAAGAUUGAGCUUGAAAACAAAC